GUUGGGAAAGGCGAAGUGAGGAAGGUGCCUGUGCCGGCCAACAGGUACACCCCGCUGAAAGAGAACUGGAUGAAAAUAUUCACGCCCAUCGUGGAGCACUUGCAGCUUCAAAUCAGGUUUAAUUUGAAAACAAGAAACGUUGAAAUCAAGACUUGUCAAGAGACAAAGGAUCUCAGCGCUCUAACGAAAGCAGCUGAUUUUGUGAAAGCAUUCAUACUUGGGUUUCAAGUUGAGGACGCUCUUGCUCUCAUCAGAUUAGAUGAUCUUUUUCUGGAAUCAUUUGAAGUUACAGAUGUCAAACCCCUGAAAGGAGAUCAUCUGUCAAGAGCCAUAGGGAGAAUAGCAGGAAAAGGCGGAAAAACAAAAUUCACGAUAGAAAACGUAACCAGGACACGAAUCGUUCUUGCUGACGCGAAAAUUCAUAUUUUGGGAUCUUUUCAGAACAUUAAAAUGGCACGAACAGCCAUUUGCAAUCUGAUUUUAGGAAGCCCUCCAUCAAAAGUUUAUGGCAAUAUUCGGGCAGUGGCCAGCAGAGCAGCUGAAAGAUUCUGA